AUGGGAGAGGAUGAAUCGGAGGGUGGGAGGGUGGAUGGGAUGGGAGGGUGGAUGGGAUGGGUGGGUGGAUGGGAUGGGUGGGUGGAUGGGAUGGGUGGGUGGAUGGGAUGGGUGAGUGGAUGGGAUGGGUGGGUGGAUGGGAUGGGUGGGUGGAUGGGAUGGGUGGGUGGAUGGGAUGGGUGGGUGGAUGGGAUGGGUGGGUGGAUGGGAUGGGUGGGUGGAUGGGAUGGGUGGGUGGAUGGGAUGGGUGGGUGGAUGGGAUGGGUGGGUGGAUGGGAUGGGUGGGUGGAUGGGAUGGGUGGGUGGAUGGGAUGGGUGGGUGGAUGGGAUGGGUGGGUGGAUGGGUUGGGUGGGUGGAUGGGAUGGGUGGGUGGAUGGGUUGGGUGGGUGAAUGGGAUGGGUGGGUGGAUGGGUUGGGUGGGUGAAUGGGAUGGCGAGCGAUUGGACGAGGUGGGAGCGGAUGGUGCCCAGGUCCAUGGGGUGGCUGAUGAUAUCAUGGUAGUCGGGCAGACCUAA